UUCCCUCAAACGGAGCCACACACAUCUCGGGCUUCUCCUCAUGGACUCCUCGCCUUCCCCGUCGCCGGCGCCCGCUCGAUCCCGUGGCGCCUCCAAUGCCACCCUGCGGUGGGACAUCCUUCGCCGCGCCCUGCUCGCUCGCUCCUCCUCCUCCUCCUCUCGCGCGCCAGAGGGAACUUCCAGUGACCAGCAGAAUAAAGAUAAUACCAACAACAUUUCAAGAAAGGCAUCGCGUGGCUUUAACCUGAUUGAAUGCCAUUCAUUGCCAAUUUCACAGUUAGCUAAAUCACUUGGGAAUUCAUUAAACGGAAAUGAAAAUGAUUUGGAGUGCCAAAAGGAUGUUUAUGUUUAUUAUAAGCUGCCUUGUGGAGGUUCCUCUAAACUUAAUCUAGUGUACAGAAGAGAGGAUUCCCUUGAACUGAAUGACAUUGAAGCUUCGAACAGAUACAAUAUCGAUACUACUGGACUAGUAUGUUGUUGGCCAUCAGAAGAAGUCCUUGCCUACUACUGUAUUAACCACUUGGAUAUGUUCAGGUCCAAGAAAGUGCUUGAGCUUGGAUCUGGUUAUGGAUUGGCUGGGCUUGUUAUUGCAGCCACUACAAAUGCUGAUGAGGUUGUUAUUUCUGAUGGAAACCCACAAGUAGUUGCAUAUAUUCAGAAGAACAUAUCCAUCAAUGCAGAAAAUUUUGGUGAGACAAAGGUUAAAUCUAUGAUACUGCAUUGGGACAAAGAGCAAGCUUCAGAAAUAUUGAAUACUUUUGACAUAAUUGUUGCAAGUGACUGCACAUUCUUCAAGCAAUUCCAUCAGAGCCUUGCCCGGGCAGUCAAAUCCCUGUUGAAGCAUUCGGUGACCUCACAGGCCAUCUUUCUGAGCCCCAAAAGAGGUGAUUCACUCGAUAAAUUCCUGGAAAUAAUCGAAGAGAAUGGUUUGUGUUGUGAGUUGAUUGAGAAUUAUGAUCCUACUGUCUGGAAUCAGCACAAAAAAUAUGUGGCUGGUGAUGACAGAACCUGGCCCAAUUAUGAUGAGGAACAUUGCUAUCCUUUGCUGGUUAGGAUUAGCUCUUUUAGUGAAUAGUCAUUUUUGGACAGUUCUGUUUGAUGAUUCAUUUGUAAUGCAUGAUCUCAUAAGAUAAUCUGCUAGCUUGCCUUAAUUUGGUAUUUGUUGCUGUAGCAUUGUUGUUGCUAUUGUGUAUUCAAUUCCCCAUGAGGGUCUUGCAACAUCCCUUUUAUCGUUCUAUUGCUAUUGUGUAUUCAAUUCA